UGAACGUCCCGCUUUUGGUCUUUCAGAUCAUAGCUCAGUUGAAGUACAGCCAAAGCAAAGGGUUAAAACAUCGCAAACAAUACAAACUGUUAUUUCAAGGGAAUUACGACCAAGUAAUCGUGUUGCAAUGCAAACGUAUUUAUAUGAAGUCGAUGUUACUGCGGCGAUGAUCAGAGCUAUGACCACUUGCAAAGGAAAGGUGUCGAUGUUACAAACGAUCAUCAAAACUGGCCUUGAUUCUAUCUUACCCGCCGAUGAAGCCCAAAAUUUUCCACCGAACAGAACCACCAUGGAUAAAUUCAACCGUUAAGACCUUGAUUCGAAAGCGACAAGUGGCCUUAAACCGAGGAGACUGAGCGGAGUUUAACCAUCUGAGAAAUCUUGUUAACCGAGAACGUAAAAGAUGUCGUACGAAGUAUUACGAGUGUAAAGUGCAACAUCUAAAGGGAUGUUCCCCAGCUAAGUAGUGGGGCGAAAUCAAGAAACUUAGUGGAAUGGAGGGGUCACGUGAUAAUGUCCUAAAGUCCGUUCAUCACUUAGAAGGUGCUCGUGGUCUAUCAGCAGCUGACCUUGCAAGCCACAUCAACACCGCUUUCUUGGCCCCAAUGGAGGUUUUUGAACCGCUUACCCACAAUCUAUUUAGGGGAGACAAUUUUGUGUCUUCGAGCAGAACUAUGAAUGAUGAUUUCUCACCAAUAUCAGCGUUUUCUAUCCUUAGAAAGUUAUGCUCUAUUAAUCCAGCUAAGGCACAAGGACCGGACGGUAUCCCCGGAUGGCUCUUAAAGGAGAAUGCGGAUCUUUUGGCGCCAUCCAUCAUGGAUAUCAUGAAUGCCUCCCUUCGUGAAGGCCGUUUGCCCUUAUCUUGGAAAGAGGCAGAUAUCGUCCCUGUCCCCAAGCAAAGACCUAUCCAAGACAUCAAUAAGCACCUUCGCCCUAUCUCCCUUACGCCCAUCCUUUCCAAGAUUGCAGAAGAUUACAUUGUUCAUGAAUUUGUGAUACCUGCCGUGUUAAAGAAAAUCGACAAAAGACAAUAUAGGACAAUACCUAAAUCAUGCACUACGCACGCACUUGUUAGCAUGAUCCAUAACUGGCACGUCAGCUCCGAUGGGAAUUCGGCCGUGAUUAGGGUGGUUCUAUUUGAUUUCCGUAAAGCGUUCGAUCUUAUUGAUCUCAACAUCUUAGUGGGUAAACUCUUAGAUUACGAUAUUCCGAACCACAUAUUAUGCUGGAUUGUUGACUUUUUAUCGGAUAGAAGACAGAGAGUUAAACUGGCCGAGGAUUGCUUCUCCGAAUGGCGUUACAUUCGUUACAAAUAUGUUGAUGAUACCACAAUUUCAGAGGUUAAAGGCCAAGAGAACUGUAUUCAGCAAAUGGUAGACGAUCUCGCAAUACAAGCAAGGGAAGAUGGUUUUCAGUUAAACGAAAGGAAAUGUAAAGAGCUUAGGAUUAGCUUCGCAAAAAACGAACCAGAAUUUGAUCCUAUCUGGGUUAACCGUCAGACCCUUGAGACCGUGAAAAGUAUAAAAUUAUUAGGACUCAAUAAAAGUAGUGAUUUAAAAUGGAAUGCCCAUGUGUUAGAGCUAGUUAGGAAGGUUUCUACAAGGCUAUAUUUUCUAAGACAGUUGAAGAGAUCGCAUGUCGCCACAAAAGAGCUUCUUAUAUUUUACAUUACAUGCAUUCGGUUAUUCCAAGUUAUUUAA